AUGACUAGGAAAGCCCGAUACGUUCAUUCAGAUCAAAUUUCCUCCGUCGGAUUUCACACCACAUCACCAAUCAUGGGCAAAAAGAAGUCGAAAGGCGAAUACAACGACUUCCUAGACGGCGAGAAGCUGCGCGACAACACCGAGAUCAGGACGACAUUACAGGGCUUUGCAUCUCGAGACAUACCACCACCAUCAGUACAAAAAGACCAGAAAGACAGCAAGAAACCAGGCAAAGGCGGCGCAAAGAAACCACAACUCACCCACUUCCUCUGUCUCCCCCUAGUCACCGAAUCAAGCCGCCCGCAACUGCAGCAAAGACUCGAAAACUUCAAAGAAGAGCUAUCAAAAGAUGGACCCGUCCCCACGAAAGCCGUCCGCCCAGUCGGCACCCUGCACCUCACCCUCGGCGUAAUGAGUCUCUCCCCCCAACAAUUAGAUCAAGCGCAAGAAUACCUUUCAGACCUCGACCUGCACACCCUCCUGCGCGACAUAACCCACCUCCGCGUCGCAGAAGCCGCCGCCGAAAGCGGCGAGAUAGCCGAGAACCUCAAUGCCGCCGCCAUGCCCGACACGGACGCAAUCUCUGGUUCCGAUGCAAGCGCCGCAUAA